CAAGAUGGCGGCGCCCACAAGCGGAGAUUCCGUAUGGAAUCGGCUGGAUGUUCCGUGGCCCGCUUGUAGCUAUACGGUAGCCGUGUCAGCUCAACAUUUCGCAGUGAAAUGCCUUUCAUCUGCUAUGAAGAAGUGUCAUACUGUGGAAAACAUUCUGAAAACUAAAGCUAUCGUUUCAGAAGGAAAAGCCUUGCAUGCCAUCCUGUAUAAUUUCCGCUAUCAAAUGGGUUGCCAACGACCGUAUCGAUCUCUCAAACAGGUACAACAGUGUUUGAAGCGUUUAAAUCUAAUGAAUCUGAAGCAGUCAAUUGAAAAACUUGCUGAGUUGGGUUCCAUGUAA